AUGUGCAACAAUGAAAAAUAUGUGUUGCCUGAUUGCAUAUUUACUUGUGCAACGUUGUCACAUUUGAAGUUAUCCAGGUGUAUCUUUAAGCUGCCUGAUGGUACUCAAUUCCCUAAUCUAGUUAGCCUUCAAUUAGAACAUUCUGAAUGUUUUAAUGUGAACCGAAUCUUUAAAAGGAUUAAACACCUCAGCUUGGAUGGGUCAUCCCUAAAGAACUUAGGGUCUGUCCACAGUCUUGAUGUGGUACUAAACUUGCAAAGCCUGCUCUAUGACUUGAAGAUUUCUGUCAAACGUAUUUCUUAUGCGCUUUGUCUGCUUCGGAAUUCUCCAAAGCUUUAUGAAAUUGACAUAGAUGAAGUUGUCAAGGUUGAUGAGACAGCGCGUCACACAACGGAACUAUUUGAUUACUUGUCGAAGACAGGAAACGAAGUGAGUGAAGCUCUGAAUAUGAUUCAAACAGUGAGGUUAAGGAAAUUCAAGGGGACAAGCACUGAAAUGUACUUAAUAAAAGUCAUACUUGCCCAUUCUCCUAAACUUGCGAGGAUGGUCAUUGAACAGAUCGAAGAAAGUAAUGAACUUUUGAAGGACCUGAUAAGCUAUCAUCGAGCAUCACCAAAUGCAGAAAUCAAGUACACUUAA